CGAGUACAGUAUCCGUUUGACUGGCGUUGAGCUCAGAACUUGAAAUGUGGACACUGAAAAUAUUAACUCUACUGCUGCUGGGAGCAUGUGUUUGGGCUGGCGCUGUGCCCGGCCAGCCUCCAAUGGAUGCCGAUGAGGAAAUGCAUCCCGAUCUGCAGCUGGGGAAUUCCCGCAGCCGAGCGCGUCGUAUCAAGGGAGAGAACACACAGGAUUAUUGGCUCUCGGCCAGCAAGCAGCAUAUUCUGGAGAAACUGGAUUAUGUGAGGAGUGAGAGGAAGGCCAAGAACAUUAUAUUGUUUCUGGGAGAUGGCAUGGGAUUGGCCACUUUGGCUGCGGCCAGGAACUACAUAGGCGGCGAGGAGAAGAAGAUGUCCUUUGAGGAAUUCCCCUACACGGGUCUCUCCAAGACCUACUGUGUGGACAAGAUUGUGCCCGACUCGGCAUCCACAUCGACCUCCUAUCUGUGUGGCGUCAAGGCCAACUAUGGCACCAUUGGAGUGAAUGCCCAUGUGCGCCGAGGCGACUGUCUGGCCAUGAGGAACACCAGCAAUCAUGUCUUCUCCGUGGCCAAAUGGGCCAUGGAUGCGGGCAAGGGAGCCGGAUUUGUGACCACGACCAGAGUAACCCAUGCCUCACCCUCGGGUAACUAUGCCCACACCGCCGAUCGCGAGUGGGAGAACAAUGCGGUGCUCGAGGAAGCUUGCGGAGAUCAGGCGCAGCAUCUGGAUGACAUUGCCGUGCAGCUGAUCCACGGCGAAGUGGGCAGUAAGCUGAAAGUGAUGCUCGGCGGUGGCAGACGGAAUUUCUAUGAUACCGAGCUGUACAAGAACGGCAGACGUACCGAUGGACGUGACCUGGUCGCGGAAUUCGAGUCGCUUUCCAAGCACAACAAAUACGUGAAGAAUCGCAAGAAUCUGCUCAAGGUGAAUGCCACGGAAACGAAGCGUCUGCUGGGCCUGUUUAGCAAGAGUCAUCUGCAUUAUCAUCUGGAGCAGCUGGCGGAUCCGGAGAACAGCGAACCGACGCUCGAGGAGAUGACCGAGAAGGCCAUUGAAAUGCUGGAGCAGGAGAAGAAGGGUUACUUCCUGUUCGUGGAGGGCGGCAAGAUCGAUAUCAGUCAUCACGAUACCAUGGCCAGGAUUGCGCUCGACGAAACCGCCGAGUUCUCCAAGGCCAUCAAGCGGGCUCGCAAACUGACCAGCAAGAAGGAUACGCUGAUUGUGGUCACCUCGGAUCACUCGCAUACGUUCAGUGUGGGCGGCUAUCAGCCACGUGGUAGCGACAUCUUUGGCGAGGCCGAGUCCAAGGGCACCGAUGGCAAAUCCUAUCUGGCUCUGAGCUAUGCCAACGGCAAGAGCUUCGACAGCUUCUACGAUACGGAAGCCCAUGAGCGCAUUGAUCCCCUCAGCCAGCUCUCCGACGAUGCCGCCCAGCUGUUCCCGGCCACCGCUCCGCUGGAGUCGGAGACCCAUGGCGGCGAGGAUGUCGGAGUCUUUGCCUCGGGUCCUUGGGCUCAUCUCUUCACGGGUGUCUACGAGCAGAACACAAUUCCCCAUAUGCUCGCCUUUGCUGCCUGUGUGGGAGAGGGACAGACCGCCUGUGAUUGACGGCUUGAUUGAUGCUCUGAUUGAUAGUAAUUUUAAUUAAAAACUCGCACUCCUUUGGAGUCGACUGCAAAACGA